CUUUGACGUGGAUUAAAACCAGGAAAAUCAAAACAUGAGUGCUGCAAAAAUUACUUCAUGUCCGGCCGUCUCCAUUUUUUCUGUGUUUUUUAUGAUCGUGCUCAGAGUUUGUUUAGUUCAUGCUCAACUAGACGUAUUUGAAGUCUCUGCCUUUGGUUGUGACCCUUCCGGAGACAUGUGGGAUAUAACCGAGUCCUUAGUAAAGGCAUGGAGGCAAGCAUGUGACACCAAAGACGGCAUAGUUGUGAUCCCAAGAGGGACUUUCUCGUUGAAUACUGUGACACUAGAUGGACCAUGUAAUGGUUCAACAACGUUUGUACUUAACGGCAACCUGAAAGCUCCAAUCGAUAUUUCGGAAAUGGGAAAAGACUCUCAGAGUUGGAUGCUAUUUUUGAACAUGAAAGAUUUAUUCAUCAUAGGGAGGGGGUCUUUUGAUGGGCAAGGCACACAUUCAUGGCUUCAAAAUCAAUGCAAGCGUUACCUUAAUUGUAAAUCUCUUCCAACGUCUUUGGAGCUCGAGAAUGUCACUAAUGCACUAGUUGAAGGAAUAACAUCUAUAGACAGCAAGUUUUUCCACAUUGCACUUCGUAGAAGUGAGUCUAUUCUUAUAAAGAAUGUUGUAAUACAAGCUCCGGGAUAUAGCCACAACACAGAUGGAAUCCAUAUCUCUCUAUCAAAAAACAUAAUCAUCAACAAGGCAGACAUUGGCACCGGUGAUGAUUGCAUCUCUUUGAGCCAAGGCAGCAGAAAUAUACAUAUCUACCAAAUCAAGUGCGGUCCUGGUCAUGGUAUCAGUAUUGGAAGCUUGGGUAAUCAUGCACAUGAAGAAGAUGUGAGUGACAUUCUUGUGAAUGAUUGCACAUUCACAAACACCACAAAUGGCGCUAGGAUCAAAACAUGGGCGCCUUCUUUUCCUUCCAGGGUUUUCAAUCUCACCUUUGCAGAUAUCACUUUAAACAAUGUUACCAAUCCAAUUUUAAUCGAUCAACAUUAUUGCCCAAACUCACAUUGCACGUCUAAGGGAGAAUCACAAGUCCAUAUCUCUGAGGUUGAGUUCCACAACUUUACGGGUUCUUCUCCAAAUAAGGAGGCUGUCAUUCUCAAUUGUAGCUCACUUAUGCCAUGUGAAGCUAUUAUCUUAGGAGAAUUGAAUAUAAGAGACAACCUAGGAGGACCAACCAUGCUCACAUGUACAAACGUUCAUGGAAUAUCCUACGAAAGUGCAUCUUCAAUCAUUUGUGCAGAUAAUGGCAUUGCUCCAAGUGGUGAGGUGGUUGGAACCUCUCCAGUUGGAAGUAUUGGGAUGGCCCCCAGUACUCCUAGCCCUCAUAUAGGUGCUCCCAGUAAAGAGGUAGGAAUUGCACCCAAUGGGGUGGAUAAGUUUGCCCCAUGCAACAAGGUAGUAUAUGCCCCGAGCAGGGGAAGAUCUAUAUUGAACUAUAGUGGGUAGAAGCACUUUAUACUUUAUAUACUUUCUACCUUUCAGUGUGACCUAUUUCUUUUUAAUAUUUAUUCCACUCUGUAUAUAUGGUUAAAUCUAGUAUUGUGAUAACUUUUCAACCCAG